AUGAAAACUAAAUUUUAGGUACUUCGAAAAGUUCAAAUCAGAUCAGAAAACAGUGUCAGAAGAAGAUAAUGCUUGCCUCAACUACUUCACUGCCCAGCCUGAGCUCUGCAUGGACUUGACCCACAAGGAGAAAGAGUACUGCUCUGAAGGAUUUAGAGAUGUGUACUAUCAUUGUAUCGACCGCUGAGGAGAUGGUACCGUUCAGAUGUCCCCAAGAAUGCUAGAGUGAGAUGACGGUAAUACAGAUGAUGGUGAUGGCUGUUCAAAAUAUUGUACAGUUGAAGAUAAACAUCUCUGUGAAAUAGACCCUACAUUAGGUAAUAAAUCAUACUGCCAGCUAGAAUGUGGAAGCGGAACUCUCGAAGCAGAUACAGAACUUUGUGAUGAUGGAAAUAGAGGUAGCGGAGAUGGCUGAGAGAGUGAUUGAACUAUUACGUAUAAGUAUAAUUGACUAAAUUUUCCUGAUCAGCCUUCCUACUGAACUCCUGCCUGAGGAAACUCUGAAAGGAACCCUGAAUAUGGAGAAACAUGUGAUGAUGGUAAUAAUAUGGACUUUGACGGAUGAUCUAAAGACUGAACAGUUGAGACUAACUACAUAUGAACACAAGUUUCAGGAGAGCCUGAUGUCUGUGAGACUGAGUUCCCGAGGCCAGUCCCAAUAACUUCUACAUUUGAUCAGAUGACUAACAUCAUUACAGUAGAGUUCGAUCAAGAAAUGAUGGACCAAGAAAUGAAGAAUACUAGCGUAGUUAUUUUCAUCGAAAGCCCUGAAAUAGAAAUAGACUUCACAUUCACAACUAAGUUUGAAGGUAAGCUCCAAAGAUCUCCUGAUUUGUGCUGACUAAUAUAUUUAGGGAAGAACUUUAUUGUAACAUUGGCUUUAUCACCUCCUUUUGUUGGAGGAAUUGGAGAGAAGAUUACAUUGAUUCUGCAAGAGAUAGAAAAGUUCAAGUCAAAUGAAACUAUUCCAAUGCUCUCAGCUGUUGCUUUUAUACAUACUGUCCCAACAUUUCCAGUCAGUGGAUCAUCUGAAAGCUCAGGGAAAGGUGCUUCAUACACUUUCUUGUUUACAGUCGGAGCCUCUCUUGGAGUCAGUAUGCUGACUGGUGGAUCAGCAGAGACAAUGUGGAGUCUGGCUAACACUCUUCAGAUUUUGUUCUUUAUGGGACUGAUUGAGUUAGAAUAUCCAUCAGAUCUUGCGAACACAUUUAAAAUAAUGGCUUACUCCAAUUUUGAUAACCCUCUGACUAAAUACGUAACCUCUGUGAUCUUCUUUGGAGUCAACUUCAUAAACUCUCCAGUGAGUACAAACUUCGGAAACCUUGGAUUUGAGUCAACGAACAUCUUGGUCAACAGCUUUGACAAGAUUGGGAUGAUCUUAAUUCUUCUCUUAUCCGCAAUUAUACUAAGUUGCCUCUACAAGAAAGUUAAGAAUAGUAACUCAAAAACUGCGAAUUGAGUUAAGAAAAUUGACAAAUCAAUCAGAUAUGAGUCCUUUACCAGGUUUGCUGUUGAGCUCGUACUCAAUCUCUCUGUUGCUUGCUGGAUCAAUAUUUGGUAUGGAAGUACUUAUUUGACUCAGGAUAAAAUUGCAUUCAUAGUUUCUGUAUUUACUCUCUUUGGGAUUUUUCUCUUGACUGCCUACGGAAUUUAUUAUCCAGUCUACCACUUUGAUGACAUCAAAAUGAACCCUGUUGUCCACGAAAGACACUGCCUUCUUUUCGUUGAUUUCAAAAAACAGAAAGCCAAACAACUGCUCUACUUCGGGUUCUUCAUGGUCAGGAGAAUUUUGUUUGCAUUUGUCAUUGUGUGCAUGAAAGAAGACCCUAAGAAACAGCUGAUCCUGUGAAUGCUCAUGUUCAUAUGGCAACUCUAUUACUGAGUGUCAGAAAAGCCAUAUGUGGCCAAAAUUAACAAUGUUCUUAACGUGUACAAUGAAUGUAUCUUAGUGCUUUUCACUUGACUCCUGUACCUCUUCACUGAAACAAGUGAUUCAAAUGCAAUCACUCAAAUUGGAUGGGCAUGCAUUGGAGUCAUCGUAGUCUUCUUCCUUGUAAACUGGUUGAUUAUUUUUCCAUCCCUGAUCUACUCCACAUGCAAGUCAUGCAAGAAAAAGAAGUUCGAUAAGGCAACUCUGGAUGAAGGAAGCCCAAUGACAUACAACGUCAGAAAUCCUUUGAACAAAGCCUUCAAACGACCAGAUUUCUCAGUAGAAGAGUUCAGAAAGAGGAUACAACAGCGAAAUAUCAAGAACAAAGAGGUAAAAAUCAGAAAGGCUCCUCCUAUACCUCGCAGACCCAAACUCACAUCUCCUGACGAGGAAUCAAAAGUCCAGAAAUAACUAUUUUCAUUAAUCCCAAUAAUCUUUACCCCCC